UGUUUGCGCUGGGCGAGGCACCAGUAAGGCGGUGGCGGCUCCUCUGGCCGCAGUCGCGAGGCUUGGAGCCUGAGGAACCCUCCGGACUCCAAGUUCGUCGAAGCGCACAUCUUAGGUCGGGCCGUGAUGGGGCCGGGUUGAGCCGCCCACCGCCAAACGAGCAGCGCUUCCACGGAUGGAGGAGCCGGCGGAGCUCGGCCCCGAGGCGGUGCUGCGCUUCCUCACGGAGCGCGGGGGCCGGGUCCGGCGCGCCGAGCUAGUGCAGCACUUUAGGGGUGCCCUGGGCGGCGAGCCGGAGCAGCGCAGCCGCGCCCGCGCCCGCUUCAAGGAGUUGGUCAACGCCGUGGCCACGGUGCGCACCGAUCCCGCCGACGGUUCCCAGUAUGUGCACCUCAAGAGGAGGUUCUGCGAGGGCCCACCGUCGCCCGAGACCGCGCCCCCCCGGGACCUGCCCCGCAUCUCGGUGACCGCAGAGCCCGAGCCCCGCGGCGGCGACCUGGAGGUGCCUGACGGCCGGGCCAAGUGCUGCUGGGAGAGCGGCCUGUCCUCCGACGCGGCGUCCUCCGUGGCGCCCCCGAGUCCGGGCUGCGAGCUGGACGAUGGGAAGCCCUCCGCCACCACUCUCGGGCCGCCAAGCCUAGCCGGCGACAGCCGGAGCGGACCGUCCUUGAGUGGCGGGGCCUGGAAGAAUUCGCGGCGCGAUGCGCAGUCUCCAGCCCGGGGAUCGUCCCCAACGCCCAGCGAGGACCUGGAGCCCCCGCCCCACGGCUGCGAGGAGGCGGAAGAGGGAAGCUCCUUCUCGGGGGCCACCACCCCGAGGUCUACUCGCCAAAACCUCCUGGACCUUGUGAUGGGCAGCUCCCCGCAGCUGAAGAGAAGCGUCUUUCCUGGGGGCAGCAGCCCCGGGGGCUUCUCUGGGGGAGGACGCGGCAAAAGCGGGGGUGACUCGGACAGUGCUUCCAUUGCUUCGUCUUCGGCAGAGGAGGAGAGCAGCAGCGGGGGCUCGGUGACCCUAGAUCCUCUGGAGCACGCCUGGAUGAUUUCAGCCUCAGACGGCAAGUGGGACAGCCUAGACGCGUUGCUCACCUGCGAGCCUGGCCUACUGACCAAACGGGACUUCAUCACUGGCUUCACUUGCCUGCAUUGGGCUGCCAAGCACGGCAAGCAGGAGCUCCUGGCCAUGCUGGUCAACUUUGCCAACAAACACCAUCUGCCUGUGAACAUCAAUGCCAGGACCAGUGGAGGCUACACUGCUCUGCACUUGGCAGCCAUGCACGGGCACGUGGAGGUAGUGAAGUUGCUGGUGGGGGCCUACGACGCAGACGUGGAUAUCAGAGACUACAGUGGGAAAAAGGCCUCGCAGUACCUGAGUCCGAGCAUCGCCGAGGAGAUCAAGAACCUGGUGGGAGCCCUGGACGAGGACGACGGAGAGAGCGCCACCGGCAGCGGAGGUGGGCGCUGGAGACUGUCAAAGGUGCUCCCCUCUAACCUCAUCACCAGCAAACUCUCUCACGUCCUGGAGGAUGGAGUAGAUCAUCAACACCACCACCACUUGGCUGAGGGAUGGGCUGGAGGGAAAGCAAAGGAUCCAGGUCGCAAAGCCUCAGGCAGCUCUAGUGGGCGGAUAAAACCCAGACUCAACAAAAUCCGCUUCCGAACCCAGAUCAUCCACACCACACCCUCUUUCAGAGACCGGGAGCAGCCACUGGAGGAGGGAGAGGAGGAAGAAGACGAGGACCAACCUCAUAAAGGCCACUCAUCUUCAUUCAAAUUGAGACCGAAGUCCAAUGUAUUUGGGUAAAAAAUAAUUUCUUUUAGAAAGUACUAAGGUUUAUUUGUCUUCCAAAAUAGAAUGCUGGGUGUAGGCAAGAAAGUGGGACCAGAAAAGUCUUAGGCAAAAUUCCGCAUUCUUACUUGGGGGGUUGGAAUGGGUGGGGAGGAAUUGCACCUAGCACUCCGGGUGAGGUGGAUUUCCAAGUGAUUCAUCAGACCUUGACCUAGGCCUCUUUUCUUCAUGACAUCCCUCUACCCUGGAGUCCCUGUUUCCAAGGACUAGAAGUGUAUCUAAAUUGAUGGUACAAAAUUGAUGACUGAGGGUUCCUUUGAUUUAACCAUUACUGGAUGCCAUGCAAAGUAAGGAAUGAAUAUUGGCGUUGUUAUGUAUCUGCUUUUAAAAAUGGUUACUCUUUCAAGAGUAACAAGAAAUGCAACUUGUAAUGAUACUGGUAAUAUUAAGUGGGAACAAAACUAUAUAUUGCCCUGUAGUUAUUUUACUAAUUGCAUUUGCUUUUUAAGAUAACUACUGAAGGUCAGGUCGGAGUUGAAAUGCAAAAAUACUAAUUAGAAAGUAAUGUGAAUAAAAAUGGGAAUCCUGUUGGUAUCCUAUUUGUAUUGUAAGUAGUAUUCAACUAUUUUUUAAAAAGCAAUUUCAGCGUUAAUCACGGAAGUAACAGGCAGCAUUCACUUUUGAGUCGAUCUGUAGUAUGAUUUUCUCUUAACUAUCACUGAUACCACCACACUUAGUAUUAAGGUACAUUAUUAAUAACUACACAAUUUUUUAAUUAAAAAAAACACUUUUAAUAACCUAUGGUACUUUUGAGUAAAAUACUGCCUUUGGUUGUGAUUUUCACUAACUUGUCACUAACUUAUUUCUAACUUGUUUCUUGUUGCUAUUAUAAAAGUCUAAAUUUGCUGGUUUUUAUUCUGGGAUUAUAUAACCUUAUUGAUUCUAUUUGCCACGACCCUAUUUGAUGGUGCUUAGAGUUGAAUUCCCUACAGAAACUGUCUCUGGUUUAGAUGAUUAGCAAAAAUUGUCAUAAAUGUUAGCCUAUGCUUCUGUCAAGUAAUUAUUAAAUCAACUUUAUGACUCACAUAAGGUACACUUUUUGUUUUACUACUAAAACACACUCAUAGUCUCUGUUUUGUAGCAAUAUUUUGCAAAUGUUUAAAACACUAAAUCCAUUCAAUUUUCCAUGUCCUUGACUCUAUUAGAGAAGUACAGUGAAGUUAUGAAAAGCUGGAUAGUAAAUCUACCCAGUUAAAAAUAGCACUUUAAAAAAGGAAAAAGAGAAGAGAUGGUACUUUUUCUAUAUUUAAAAGCUGCUGGCUAUUGAAUUCCUUUGUGAAUUCACUUUGUGAUAUAAGUGAAAAAUAUCAUUCGUUAAAAUUAAAGACAAUGUGGUUCUUAAUUACAUUCCAUUUGAAUAUGUUGGGGUGAAUAUUUUAUAAUUAUAAAAUUUUACUUAUAAGCAUAUCAAAUCUGUUUAUAACAAGAUUCAAAACAACUUUUGUGGGAAACUGAUUUCAACAAGUCCUCUCCCUUAGUCUUUCUGUUCUCAUGAUUACUGAAACAGAAGUACUUUGCAGCCUAUAGAGAGAUUGAAUGACUUAACAGCUUGCAGAGUGAAUGAACCAAUAUGUGAAUGGCACGGAACUGCAGUCUUUAGAGAGGCCUUAGAUCUUUCAUUUCCCAAGUUGCAGAAAUUUUAACAAGUUUAUCGUACCUCUUUAGAUAGUAAUCGAAUUUGUUUAAAGAGUAAUGAAAAAUAUUCACAUAAAAUAUAUAAACUAUUAUCCAUUUAUGUGCCUUCAUUUUGUUUUAGGAUUAUGGAAAUGGGUCAUGUACAUUCGAGAAGCACUUUUAUCCAUACAUAUGGGUGAAAAACUAAUUUUGUAUAAAUUAAAAAUAGGUUCCCUGAAGGUGAAAGCAUCCAUUUGUUCUGAAUCAUAUGUACAUUACCUAUAUCUACUACAGAAUAAGCUAUAACUCUCCACCGAGGAAUCUUUACCUUUCAUAGACAUGUAAAACUAAAGUGAUAGAGAGUAGAUACUUCAGAACCAUCUAAGUAUUCUAUUACACAAUCAGUAUUAUUACUCUCUUAAAUGUGUAUGUUACUAAUUAAUUGCACAAAACCUAUAAUUUACUAGAUCUUUAGAGAUUGGGCCAAUACUUAAUUUAACUUGCUUUUCACAUUAAAGGUUUUAACUUUUCCAAUAAAAUAUACUUUAAAUUUUUAAAAAUCAUUCCCAAGAGGAACUUCUUUAGCAUUCCUUGCUAUGAUGUGCUCGUGUAGCAUUUUCAGCUGCUUAACUCUAUAUUUCUCUUAUUUUUCAAUUUCUAAAUUGAGAUUAUACAGAGCAAAUGAUUUGUGUAAUUUGACAUUUGUGGAGUUAUACUUACUAUUAAUGGAAAGUAUAUCAGUUGCUUAGAUGUUUAUUGAUAUGAAGCUGUGUGGUUAGAAAACCCAAGUACGUUCAUGUGUUUCUUAUCGGUACGCUUUAAACCAGUGAAUGUAUGUCCCAAUUCUCCUCAGUUUUACAGUAUAUAAAAUGCAGCUAAGCUUGUAUGAUUUGAAAAGCUGGUACUAUUUUAUUAAUGCCUGAAAUCUUGGAGUCCAGGAUGCCUUGUCUCUUAUUUUUUAUAUAAGUGAAACUUUGAGAGUUUAGAAUGUAAAACUUGUAGUUUGUUUUGUCAAAAUAAAAAGUUCACGCUAGAUUUUUUUCCUCUGAAUUGUCUAAAUCUCUGUAGUCCUUUAUACAUUUUACCUGUAUUGUGUUUUACGGUUCACACAAUGCUUUUAGAAGUUGCAAUUUAGUUGAGCUCUUUCCUAUCCCUUAAAGUUACUAGCCAUAUAGCCCUAAUGUACAGAUAAGAAAAUGAAGGUUGAUGGCUGUUCAGGGUCAUGAAGUAAAUGGCAGUUAGUAAGAUUUUAAAAGAUUGAGUACUUUUCCACAUUAUCCUUUCUGCUCUUCAAAUGACACCAGUGAUGGAGGAAUCAACUUGCAGAGAAGGUAGCUUAAAAAAAAAAAAAAAAAAUCAGUCUGGCUCCUGCACACAGCAUCUACCUUAAACCCUACCUAUCCACACCGAUCUUCAGAAAGGUGUGGAGAAUGCCUUUUUCCAUUUUCUUCAGUAUCGAUCAAGUAUUGGACAGUAAUGAAUUAAUUUCCUCAUCAAGGCUGCUUUUGAUCUUUAUUUUAACAAAAUUUACCUCUUAUGGCAAAGAGAUGUGGGAAUCCUUGAUGUAAUUGUCCACCAAUGCUCUCUUGAGAAUAUCCCAUUAUGCUUGCUCCUGGGUUUUUUUGUUAUUGCUUUUCAUUUAUGACAACUAAUAAAAUGUUUUUCAGUAUA